AGGAUAUCGACAUAAUGUGUGCCUCUACAAACUAGGGUUUAGAGUUGUAAUAGGAAAGUACCUUAGGAAUACUAAUUGUAUUCCGAUUCUGUUACCUUUUGUGUACUCUGUAAACUCCCUAUAUAAAGGGCUCCUAUUAUCAAUAAUAAACACAAUUCUAUUCUCCUACAACACGUUAUCAGCACGAGUUCUAACCCUAGCCGAAAAAAAAAAGAAAAAACCCUAAAAACCCUAAACAUCAAAAUCUGCCGCAGCCUCCCUGCCUCAGCUUUCCUGCCGAGCCUGCAACCCUCCCCUGCAGCCUCCUGCUGCAUCUUCCUGCAACCCCCUGCACACCACGCUGCUACUCCCUGCACACCUGCGCAUCAGUCCACGCACCAGCCUGCACGCACCUGCUAGCCCAACAGCCCCUGCUGCCGAACCUUGCUGCUGCCGCACCUUUUGCCGCGCAGCCCAUCAGCCUUGCAGACCUGCAGCCGAGCAGCCCAGUAGCCCAGCAGCCUCGCAGCCCCGCAAGCCGCAAGCCGCAAGCACUGCAGCCCCCUGCACACCCGCCCAACACCAGGCCUCCACAGCGCCGACCCGAUCUCGACCCGCCUGCAGCACCGACCCGAUCUCGACCCGCCUGCAGCAGCCCACUCCAGCGCCUCGCGCCUACACCUCCGCGCCUCCCCGUCUGCCAGCGCCCCGCGACCGCAUCUGCAAACCACCCAUCGCUGCAGACCAGAAGAAGACGACGCAGCAGAGAACAGAGGAAAGAAAGUAGGCAAGAAGAAGAAGACCGAAAGAAAAAAAAAGAGGAAGAAGAAAAAAAAAGAAGGAGAAGGGCUGGGCCCGAAAAAAAAAAAAAAAAAAAAAAAAAAAAAAAAGGGGAGGAAAAAAAAAAAAAGGGAAGGGAGAAGGGCAGCCCACCAACUGCCAAUUUCCGACCAGAUUCCAGCAAUCCUAAUUUAGCUACACGCCUGCAUCAACACGCGCGUGUCUUCAAAUCAAAAACAAUCACGAUGUCAAACUCGAACAUACUCGAUUUUGUUCCAUUGGAUUAUGCAGGCAAAAGAUACCUAUUGUGGGCUCGGGAUGUUGAACUCCACCUUAUUGCCCGUGACUUAUUGCAUACAAUCCAAGAGCUUUGUCAUAUAGGAACAGCUCCAGAUCCUCAAACUGAGAAAGAUAUUUCCAGGGCACUUGCCUUCAUGAAACGUCACAUGGAUAGUGACCUCCAGUUUGAGUUCAUGAAUGAGGAUAGCGCCAUAAAGCUUUGGCAAGCGCUUCGUGAACGUUAUGGCAAUGUUCGUGACUCCAUCCUUCCGAAUUUAGAAGCAGAAUGGAGUGAUCUUCGCUUCUCUGACUUUGAUACAGUCAUACAAUUUUAUUCGGAAGCCCUCCGCAUCAGAGCAAUGAUGCACUUCUGUGGCAAGACGAUCACAGAAGAACAAUUGAUUGAGAAAACCCUCAAUACCUUCCCUGUCUAUGCUAUGAGGUCCUGUGACUUAUUUCGGACUCAUAUAAAUGCAAGACGGAUCACAAGCUUUCAAAAGCUUAUUGAAGCUAUGGAAAUUGCUGAAAGGCAAGACAACGAGCUUGUGAGAAGAGAAAUUGAUAGGCUUCGAGAUAGCUAUCCAGAGCAUCGUCCCAUGGCUAGAGAAAGUCGCCAUAGACGUCAUGAUCCAUAUGAUCGAAAUGCUCAUGAAGGUAGUCGCCAAAGGCGACAAUCACGCCACCAUAGGAGCCGUGACUUUGAGGGACUAAGGGUUGGAAACCAUAGAGCCAACGUUGGCCAUGGUCAUAAUCUUCCAACACCUCAGGUCCUAGGGACCAUGCACAUUGCGCCAAUGCGCCUCAAUCAAGGGAGAAUCCUCUUCAUGGUAUCUAUUUCUGAUAUGGAACGUCUGAUCAAUGGGCCUGAGUUUGCAAUGUACCUAAGAAGGUAGCUGCCUCACAGUGAUCAAGACAUCGAGUUCAAGAAGACUUUAAAUCUGGCGAUGAAGACAAAAUGCCGCAGAUUUUUAGAAUAGUCUUUUAUUUUUCCAAGAACUUUUGUAAUGGCAAUUUGCCUUAGUCAAUAAAUGACAAUUGUAUUAACUCUUUCUUAUGUGGCGGACCCAAUAAAAUGUGAUGUCUAGGAAAGUCAUUGAGAUAUUGGUACUUAAGAGAGCCUCGCUCCACCAACGUCUCUCUCUACUUUCCUGGUCAUAUUUGAUUGGAGUUACCAAACGGAUAGAGUGACUACAAUGUGUCUUACUUUGAUUUUAUUUUGGAUUAGACUUUGGAAACUUUGAUGUAAUCAUUGGCUAUUAAUAAAGUGUCAAUUCUUUUACUUAAUGUCUUGGACAUACCUUAAUUCGAACUUUAUUAUAAGAGCCAAUGGUUUUCAUGUGGAAACACAUUA